CCACCUACAAAAUCCUUUUUGUUAAAUGGCGGAUCUCAAAAUUCUCUAACAAAAGCGAGUUGGUAUUUUCUGUGAAUAAAACAACGCAGGUGAAUCUAUAAGCAUGGAGAUUACGCGCACUACUUUAGGAAUUGCAGUUGGAAUAGCUGGUACCUUAUUCCUUGGAUAUUGUGUGUAUUUUGACCAACAACGUCGCAAGGAUCCUCUUUUCAAGAAGAAGUUGAGAGAACGUAGACAGAAGGCCCAACAGAAUGCUACGCAAUCCCGCACAAUGGGCGGUCCUCUGCCGGACAUGAGCGACCAUGAGGCUAUGCAAAGGUUCUUCCUGCAACAGAUUCAACUUGGUGAGGAGUUGCUAGCGGCCGGCGACUUGGAGGCCGGUGUGGAGCACCUGGGACAGGCUGUCGCUGUCUGCGGACAGACGCAGCAGCUCCUCGGUGUAUUGCAACAGACGAUGCCCGCCCCGAUCUUCCACCUGCUGCUGAAGAAGCUGCCGGAAGUGUCGGAGAGGCUCCGAGCCUCCAUGAAGGCUAGCGGCAAGAUGCUCCAGGAGGAAGACGUCGAAUAAACAUCAUCACUCUCAGAGAGGAGAUAUAUUUUCUGAAUAUAUUUUCUACAUCUCGCUAAUCAUGGAAACUUCCAUCUUUGAUCGACACAACGCUGCAUUGACGUAAGGCUCCUGACUUCCAUUUAAUGAUUAAUUUAAUAUUUAUUUUAGGUACCCUAACGAAAUAUCCUUUGCAAGUAAUUUGUAUGUUAAGAAAUUUAAAGUAAGAACUUGAUUAAUUAAUGUUAACUAAACGCCUUGCGUCAAUGUAGCUAGUAGAAUAAUGAAACAAUGCGACAUUUCACCAUUUGUUAGCAAUCGGACAUGAGUCUUGCCAGACUGAGGUCCGUCGAUCAGUGAACUACUGCGGUGUAUACCGCGCUCCUUCUAGUUGAGAGACCUACAGUAGUAUACAGUUAAGUUAAUUAUAAAGCAACCCAUCAAAGAAACUAUUAUUGUAAUUAUUUCAUCUUAGAAUAAAUUUUCUUUCGACUUUCAAAGCCUUAAAUUUUCCAAGUACGUGCAUUGGGCUGUGAUACAUAAUGUGCUUGAAAAUCGAUCCGCCAUCAGGACGUCUGUUAACUUGGCAAACGGGAGUAGUGUGGAGUAAAGCAAGUUCAAUAAUAAUGUAGGUAUUUGUUAGUGUUAUUUAGGUUUUGUUUUGUGUUCACAACUGGUUAAGGAUGCUUGUGAGUUUUGAUUGAGAUUUUACUGUGAAAUAAAAGUAUUGUACAAAU